AUGUCUACAGGUAAGCAUCAACUUCACCCCUCUUUAUUCUUCUCCUUGUGAAAUUGUCUCACAAUAUUCUCACACAGACCCAACGCCAGAUCCCAAGAGCCGGGACGAAGUCGCUCGCUCUAUCCUACUAUUUUCCCUCUUAGCCCUAGCCACGAAUUCCAUGGCCUCAGCCCCUCGAAACGUUCUCGGGUUCUCUGGAGGAUACCGUUUUUACCUUGCAAGCUCCCCCAUAGUUUGUCUAGCCGACACAAUCUCAACAACCAUCCGAAUGCUCAUCAUAAGGCUUUUCCCCAGAACAUCAGAAGCAAAAUCAUGUGCCCUCCUUAUCCAACAGAGACUGCAAAUACCAAUACCGACGAAGGGGGGAAAUCCGACAGAUGGUAGAGUCAAGAUACUUCAGAAUGCUCCAUGGCCACAACUCAUAAUAUUUGUCAUCGGCACUUUACCAGCAGCCAUCAAACUCUGUAGUUUCUCCGGGACCCCGUGGACCACAGUUUGGGGGAUGAUGUUCCUCGUCUCAUUUCUUGGAAAUAAGAUAAUCGAACUAAUAGCGUCAACCCAAUCCUUUGCCGACGACAUAUCCUCUCUAGUAGAGGCUGGAUUACCAAUCGAAAGGGCCCCUAUGCCCGACCAAUAUGCACACAGCGGAGAUAUCGAGAAACAAACGGGGUUUCCCACAGAAGCGGCCUUUAUUGGGCUCUCGGUUAUGGCCCACUCUUUGGUGAUAAGCAACCUUAUAACCCGACCACACAUUCUCGUCACAGCCUUCAAACUGGCUUUCCUUACUGAAUUCCUGAUAUGCAUUCUCCUUGGGGGUAGUAAUCUGUGUGUGAUAGGGCGUAACGUUAUCCGUAUUAGCCAUUAUUUGUUUGUGUAUUGUGGCGCAUUUUUCUUCAACACGAUUGGGAAAGAAGAUAUUGUGAUGGUCUGCCUGCAUAUGCUUUUGACGAUUCUUUGGUCUGCGCUUUGGUGCGGGUCUUGUAUGAAUCUGAUCAGGUUGUUCGAGCGGGAGACUUCAAUAGUAAAAAUGGUUCUGCUUUCGUCCGUUGACGAAAAGACGAGGGUUAGCACUGAAGCCCAAGACCAACAUCAAGAUGAGACGUCUGUGAGCCAGCUAUCAGACAGCAGUCAUCAUACCCAAGGUUCUGACGAAACCGACAAGAGCCUCACAGAAUACACAGAACAAGACAUAGGAGAAGCUCGACUAUUACAUUAUGGUACCUACACACAACGCUUCGAAGGAACAUGUCAGAUGUCAAUCCCCCUUCCAAUUAUCGCAACGAAAGAAUCCACAGUCAAGAUAGAAGCUGUCUCUUCUCUUCUCCUUUUUUCCCUCAACAUCUUAUACUGUACAUGUUGGUAUAUAUAUGAGUACAAUCCCCAUGGCACGGUGAAUCCAGGCUGGGUGGGAGUUUUUGGGUGA